GGAAGUUUGGACGGAAACGGUGACGUCAUUUUCCAUGCGCCAGAGACUAUCUACUCCACUGUAGCUGCAUCGCUGUUUCUGCAGCAGAGAAUUCAAGCAGUAACGCGAAGCUUGGCGAUGUUUCUGUGACAAUGUGAGUCAGGCUCGCCAGCCGUACUCGGUGUUGUGGAGCAGUGUGUCGGCAGCAGGGGGGAGGACAGGCGGAGGGUUGGAGCUCUCUGGUGACGGCCGGUGUCAGGGAUGGAGACCUGGACACCCAAUCCCCGAGCGAAGCCCUUCAUCCCCCGCCAGCAGCGCAGCUUGUACCUCACCUGGAAAUACAAACUCACCAACAAGAGGACGAUCCGCCGAUUCUGCCAGGCUGGUGCUGUCUUGUUUCUGCUGAUCACUGUCAUAGUCAACAUCAAACUCAUCCUGGACACAAGGAGAGUCGCCAGUGAGGAAGAGGCAGCACAGGAGUAUGAGGAUGCGAUGCCCAACAUGGAGACUCCACGGAGGCCGGCUGGUGGGCGCAAGGCCCUGGACAUCGAGGUGUACUCCAGCCGCUCCAAGGUCUAUGUGGCCGUGGAUGGCACCACUGUGUUGGAGGAUGACAUGCGGGAGCAGGGCAGAGGCAUCCACGUGAUAGUUCUGAACCAGGCUACUGGCCAUGUGAUGGCCAAGAGGAUAUUUGACACCUACUCUCCCCAUGAGGAUGAAGCCAUGAUUCUCUUCCUCAACAUGGUGACCCGGGGUCGAGUCCUCAUCUUUACCAUUAAGGAUGAGGGCACAUUCCACUUGAAGGAUGCUGCUAAGAACCUGUUGAAGGGUCUGGGCAGCCAGGUGUCACUCAACCUCAGCUGGAGGGACAUGUGGACUCUGGUUGUGAAGAAAGGAGGCCAAGUGUAUGGAGAGAAGCACUCCAAGUCCCCAGCUUUGUCCACGUGGGGAGACCCAGUCCUGCUGAAGACGGAGGUGCAGCUCACUGCCUCUGAAGAGGCUGAGUGCCACUGGGCGGACACAGAGCUGAACAGGCGAAGGAAGCUCUUCUGCAGUAAAGUGGAAGGCUACGGCAGCAUCUGUAGCUGCAAAGAUCCGGCUCCCAUCGAGUUCAACCCUGAUCCUCUCCCCACCAAUAAUGUCUUCAAUGUGCCAGUGGCUGUCAUCGCUGGGAACCGACCCAACUAUCUGUAUCGGAUGUUGAGAUCGCUUCUCUCAGCUCAUGGCGUCAACCCACAGAUGAUCACAGUCUUCAUCGAUGGAUACUAUGAGGAGCCGAUGGAUGUGGUGGAGCUGUUUGGUCUCAAGGGAGUUCAGCACACACCCAUUAGCAUCAAGAAUGCCAGAGUGUCCCAGCACUACAAGGCGAGCCUGACUGCAACCUUCAACCUACACCCAGAUGCUAACUUUGCCAUUGUCCUAGAGGAGGACCUGGACAUCUCCAUUGACUUCUUUAGUUUUCUGAGCCAGACCAUCCACCUGUUGAAUGAGGAUGACAGUCUGUACUGCAUCUCAGCCUGGAACGACCAGGGCUAUGAGCACACAGCGGAGGACCCAGCCUUACUGUACAGAGUGGAGAGUAUGCCAGGCCUGGGCUGGGUGCUUAAAAAGAGCCUCUACAAGGACGAACUGGAGCCAAAGUGGCCUACACCCGAAAAGCUGUGGGACUGGGACAUGUGGAUGCGUAUGCCGGAGCAGAGGAAGGGCAGAGAAUGCAUCAUCCCUGAUGUGUCCCGCUCCUACCACUUUGGCAUCAUUGGGCUCAACAUGAAUGGCUAUUUCCAUGAAGUAUAUUUCAAGAAACACAAGUUCAACACGGUUCCCAAUGUACAGCUGAAGAAUGUUGACAGUUUGAAGAAGGAUGCCUACGAGGUGGAGAUCCAAAACCUGUUGAAGGAGGCCGAGGUGCUGGACCACACUAAGAACCCAUGUGAGGACUCGUUCCUGCCAGACUCUGAGGGGAAGACCUACGUCAUGUACAUCAAGAUGGAGACCGAGACCGACACAUCUACCUGGACUGAGCUCGCCAAGUGCCUCCAUGUUUGGGACCUGGACGUGCGGGGGUACCACAAAGGCCUGUGGCGGCUCUUCAGAAAAAGGAAUCACGUCCUGGUGGUGGCUGUCCCAAUAUCUCCAUACUCUGCGAAGAAGCCAGCCAACAUCACUCCCAUUCACUUGGAGCCUCCACCCAAAGAAGAGGGAGCGCCCGUGGAGCAGAUAUAGACGUGAAGUCCAACGCUCACCAGGCGCCACUAGCAGACAUGAACUUACGAUUUCCACCAGCCCAGGUCUUAACUUAACAGUUCUUCUCUCUUCUCCACCCACAACCACUACAAAAAUGAUAGUCCUAGGCACUAAAUGUACAUUCGUGAGGAUACCUGGGAAAUAUAGUUCUUCUGUGGUGGAAGGAAGAUAAACACUACAAAGCACUGCUGUAUCCAUGCAGGGCCUGAGGAGCAACAGUUGUGGGAAUCGGCAGUUUUCUGUCACUGCACAUGUGGAUAUAUUUUAAAUGAGUUUAACCAGUUUUUUUUUUUUUUUUUUUUUUUUGGUUAAACCUAGCCAUAAAACCAAAACGAUUUGCAGGUCCACUGUGCCAUACUGCUGUCCUUUGCUUCAGUAGCGGGAGGAGGGAGGAUGUGAGAGAGGAGAUUGGCCAAGAGAAGGCGAUGCGUGAAAGGGAAUCGGUUAACAUUUACAGGGCUUUGAAGGGUCUCCUUGACAACUGUCGGAUGACGCGCAGCCCGCCCUUUCAGUCAACCGAGGAGAUGAAAAGGGCAAGAGAGGAAAGUUGAUGCUCCAGUUCAACUGUAGCUUUUCAGCGAGGAGGGGACAAACACACACCCUCAUACACACACACACACACACACACACACACACACACACACAUACACACACUACUGGACAAUGGCUUCCUAUUGAACCCGCCCAACCAGAAUACAGCUAGCUUUUGUGUUUAGUUUUGUUUUUAACUACUGAGUGCUUUGUCCAUCCUGUACAUACAUUUUAACUUAUCUCUAUUUAUUUUACAUUUACCAAUCAACAAGGAGUUUUGGGGGUUUGUUUUUUUAAUCUACUUUUAUCAAGAUCGGUGCAUUUUUUAAGAGUCUAACGUUUACAGAUAAUGAAAUAAUGUAUAUGCAUAUAUAUUUUUUUGAAGAGAAAAGGGUCAACUUAUUUUUCAGCAUUAGAUAUUGAGAUUGAUUGAAGGAGUUGAUAUAGCCCUGUGGGUUUUACUAUUAUGACUGCUUGGAUCAGUUGCCUCAGAUCACUUUUUUCUUGAGGGAAACUGGAGACUCUUUAACACUUGAACACUACAUAACUCCCUGCCAGAGCCAAUGCCGAAGAGUUUGGCCAGAUUGUGCUCUGAGCCCAUGUUGCUAACUUCGAACCAACGGCUUUUGCAUGCAGAUACGUAUCAACACUGUUUCAUUCUUCCAUAUGUAUGCACCAGGCCCAUGUGGGUGUUGGCAGGGUACAGGUCAGAUUGCUAACAGUAAAUCCUUUUUAACUCACCAUGUUUCACCAUUUCACAGCUUAAGAAAAGGGACAAUCAAAUAUUUCAAUUGGUAUUAGGUGUUUUAUGACUUUUAUCCACCUCUAUCAGUGACCAAGGAGCGGCGAUCGCAUUGACAGGUCUCUGACACAGCCUUCAGGCACCAGUAUUGAACAGAGAUAUAAAAGUCACAAAAGAUCCAACAGAAAUGCGUCAUGAAGAGGUAGUGAAGAGAUGCUAUUGUUUUGUGAUCUAAAACAGAAGGUCUUGUUUGUAGUUUUAGCACCCACCAAUGUGACGGUGCAUUUGUGCUAUGGAACAGUAAAAUUUGAAUACGCCUUGAGGAAUUGAUGUUGCUUGGCUGCUAAAAAAUACAAAUUCUUCUGAAAAAAUAUUCCAGUUUGCUUCACUAAUUCUUAACAGCCAUGGAAUAGGAUUGUGGAGCUUACAUGACUGCCACUGAAAUCUGUAAUGACCGAACUCUGUACCUUCGGCUUUACGCUCUGCCUGCCACGUGACUGCACACAGACCGUUGUGCGUUGUAGGAAGAGUGAGGAGGAAACUGCAUCAUAACCGCCGGUCACAGCGGGGGACGCAGCCCAUAUUUCACACACGUCCUCCUUACAACCAAUUUUCUGUCCUUGCGAUGACGCUGUCUCCCCAGUCGUCCCACUCGUUUGUAACUGCUUUCCAACCAUUUCAGUGUCUCUGUCAUUUCAGAUGUGACACUGCUCACGGAAUGACUGAAUGUUUUUCAAUCAUAUUUUAAUGCAACAAUAUUAGUAUUUGUAGUGUUGAUUUCAUUUCAUUGUGUGAUUUUUUGCGUGGUUGUUUAUGCAUUACACCGUGAUGCAAACAACCGCAUAUUUACUAUUACAGACAACACUCAUUGAUCAGUAUUAUGGCCAAUAUUGUUACAGAAUAAUGUUAACGUGUGCUAUGGAAAAUUGAGGUAUUUAAAAAUGAUCUAGAGACUGCACACUUUCUCUUUUUCGCUUUUUUUUUUUGUUUUGUUCUAGUCAUUUUAAAUUCUGGGUUUUGUAGUUUUUUUGUUCAGUUGAGUGGAUAAAACUUAACCAUAGUCAGUGAGCAUAUCAUCAUCUGCCCAACAGCUGAUUUCAUUUAAAUGUGGUGAAAUGACUUGAAAAAUAUCGAAAGGUACGUUGUAUCUGUGGCUAUGAGGAUGAUGAUCUGUAGACAUGUGUUUCAAAUGCAGAUUGACGUGUGUGAGUUCCAAUAUCUUUUGUCAUGGAAAUAAAUAAAGGUGUUUUUUUUUACAAGUCAUGAAGUGAUGCCUCUUUUUUUUUUUGGAGGCUAUAUGGCUGUUAUUGCUUAAAUUAUUCAUAUUGAUGGAUGUAUUAUUGCUAUUCAUGGAAUAAAC